CUUAGGAUCAGAGCAGCACCUGUCUAUGUAAGAUUUCUUUGGUUCAGGAUUUGCUCCCCUAAGUAUCGAUGGACCCUGCAUUGCCCUUGAAUCAGGCUGUCAGUCCACAUGCUGUGGACUAUCCAUCUGGGAUGUCAACUCAAGGCUGCUCUGCGAACAGCCUGAAGUUCAUCUGUGAGUUUAAGCCUGGGCCUGGUCCACCGAAGGCGUCUGGCGAUGAGGAUUACAAUGUCAAUAUGGAUUGUAAGCCAGUGUCAGUCAUCCUCCCUGCGCAGUGCAGUGUGUACCAGCUGCGGCUACGCAUCUGUAUGCAGGCACAGGAACAAAAUUGCCAUCCAGACCCACUUGCUGUAUUGGAACCAGAGAAAUACACUCUGCUCUAUGCCAGGGGGGAAGACUGGUAUGAAGCCUACGAUGACUGUCAGGUUAUCAGGACGUUAGACAUUCCAUGGUCGUGUGAUGACACUGGGUGUCUGUUGGCGCACAUAGUGGUAAAACCGCUGAUGGCAGUUGAUUCAGAGGAGAAGAAGAAACAACAGCAGUGUCUGGCUUACCUGAUUGGACACGACCUGGAGAAUGAACCGUCUGACAGACUUGGUGAGCUCACUUUCACCCGUAGGACGCUGGCAUCUCCGAGAAGACAAGAGCUAAGGGAUCGGGAUGACGUGCUAUAUGCCACAGAGCCUUGGAUAACACGCGCCCCCAUUCCAAAUGACCUACAGGACCAGCUCAACAGAAAGCUCCCUGUCACUCUCCAUUUCAUGAACAAGAUCAGCUUCAGCAUAGGGGUGGAUUUUAGUGCAACACCAGAUGUUCUCCUUACAGUAUUCAGAAGGGUGAUGGUAGACCAGGAGCUUGAUUAUGACACUUCUGAACGUCUGGUGUUAAAAGUCUCUGGGAGGGAGGAGUUUUUAUCUGGAGACUACCCCCUGAGCGAUUUCCUCUGGGUUCGCCAGUGCUUGAAAACCAUUCAAGACCUCCACCUCUCUGUGGUCCCUGUGUCGCAGCUUGUCAAUGAGACUGUCAAGUUUGUGGACUGGCCGCUUGUCGAUGGAUCCAGUGGCCAGUUUAGCUCCCACGAUGAUCUCCGGCUCGAAGGGAAGGAUUUGGAUGACAUCUUCAUGAUAUCCUUGUGGGACUGCAACAGAAGACUCAGAGUGAAAUUGCUUGGUUUUGACGUCCCAAAACUUCCAAGCAAAUGUCCUCAGUCUGUUUAUGUAAAAGCCUCCAUACUUUAUGGUAACAAGGUUCUCUCUUCAGUGUCCUCCCUUCCCAAGGCCUUCGCAGAUGAAGUGCUGUGGAAUGAGUGGCUGGACUUUGAUGUUCUCCUCAGGGAUUUGCCACGUGGAGCCAAGCUGGGUUUCACUAUUAUUGCUAGUGAUGGUGACGUCGCCCCAGUAACCAAAGACCUGCAGAAAGAGAAGGGGAAGGUCCUCUACUUUGUCAAUCUGCUCUUGAUUGAUCACAGGUCCGUCCUUAGCCAGGGCCCCUACACCAUGCAUAUGUGGCCCUACCCUGACCUGGAAGAAGGGGCCAUCACCUACCAGGCAGACAAGUUGUCUUCUGCUACUAACCCAGACAUAGCUGACUCCAUGGCUAUCAGCUUCCUUCUAGACCGUUACAGCUUCCCUGUGGUUCUGCCAAAUAACUUCAGCUCCUCUGAAAGCUCCCGCAGUCCUGCAUCCAGGCGCAACCUGACCAAAUCUACUGCUUCCUCUACUGCUCUCUCCUCCUCACCCUCCUCACCCUCCUCACCCUCCUCAACCUCUUCCACCUCAUCCAGCACAGAUUCUUCCUCUCUGCAUGUGGAACCUCUCCAGGACUCACUGACUGACACUGUAACUCUCAGAUUCCCAUCUCCAGUCACCAGCACCAAAAGGGCUGGACUCACAAGGUUCCGGGAGGAGAGCAUCCGCUACGCAUCAAAUCUACCCCAUUACCUGCGUAAUGUUGAUUGGAUGAACCGCAGAGUGGUUGAGGAUGUCCACUGGCUACUGGGAAACUGGGAUCCUGGAGAACUGGAUGUAACAUUGGCCCUGGAACUAAUAGGCAUGGACUUUGCUGACGUAAUGGUUAGGAGACUGGCAGUCCAGAGAUUGGAGAGCCUGUCUAAUGAUGACAUAUUGAAGUAUCUGCUGCAGCUGGUGCAAACCCUCAAAGUGGAAUCUUACCAUGACAGUUUCCUCGCUCGGUUCCUCAUCCGAAGCGCUCUGCGGAGCAAGAGAAUUGGCCACUUCUUCUUCUGGUAUGUCCGUAGUGAGGUGGCAGGGUGUCUGUACUUCCGCCAGCGCAUGGCUGUGAUUCUGGAGGCUUACCUGCUGGGCUGUGGUCAGGCCAUGCUUGACAGCUUCACCCAGCAAGUUCAGGCUGUGGAGGCCCUACAGGAGGUUGCUAUAAGGAUUAAAAACCUCUACCCCGACAGGACCGACCUUCCUCCUACAGCUCAUUUCAGGCUUCAAGAGCUUCUUAGAAACUGUAAUCUGCCAAAUGAAUUCCUGCUGCCCUUUGACCCCCGCAUCAAAGCUGGAAGGAUCCUGCUGGACAAAUCCAAGGUGAUGGCCUCGAAGAAGAAGCCGCUGUGGCUGGAGUUCUCUCCCAUGCCGUCGCCCACCUCUGUCACACCUGUGGGAAUAAUCUUCAAACAGGGGGAUGACCUCAGACAGGACAUGCUGGUCAUUCAGACCCUGGUGGUGAUGGACUCUAUCUGGCAGGAGAAAUCUCUGGACCUUAACCUGGUUCCGUAUGGCUGCAUCUCCACAGGACACAACAUAGGUAUGAUUGAGAUUGUGAGGGAUGCAGCAACCAUCGCUGCAGUCCAGAAGAACCAAGGAGGAACGACAGGAGCCUUCAGAAACAAUGCUCUGUAUGAGUGGCUCAAGUCCAAAUCUCCCCUCCAGGAAGUACACUACAAGACUUCGGAGAGAUUUGUGAAGUCCUGUGCUGGUUAUUGUGUGGCCACCUAUGUAUUGGGUAUAGGAGAUCGACACAAUGACAACAUCAUGAUCACAGACCAUGGGAACCUGUUUCACAUCGACUUCGGUCACAUCCUGGGUAACACAAAGCACUUCCUGGGCAUGAACAGGGAGCGUGUACCAUUCGUACUCACACCUGACUUCCUGUAUGUCAUGGGCAGAGAGAAAGGGAGCAACAGCCUCUACUUUCAGCGCUUCAGGGACACUUGCACCCAGGCUUACCUCUUGCUGCGCUCGCACUCUCGUCUGCUGGUCACUCUUUUCUCCCUCAUGCUGCUGACGGGCAUCCCAGAGCUGAGCGCUGCAGAGGACAUGCGCUACCUGCGGGAGGCGCUCCAGGAGCAACAGGGCGAGGCAGAGGCCAAGGAGCAUUUCCUCCAGCAAAUCGCUGAGUGUGAGAAGAUGAGCUGGACUGUGCAGACCAACUGGUGGAUUCACAUGUGGGCAGGCAUCAAGUAGACUGUCGGUGAUUAUGAAACAAUCCAAUCACGAUUGUUUUGUGGUUCCUAUUCUAUUAUCUGCUGGCGUGACCUUCUGUGAGUUGAUUCUGAAAGCAGCUACAAGCUCUUGGAGAACAAAUUGACACAAAGCAGAUUUCAGUUUACAAUGUUCUUAAAGGUCCCAUGACAUGGUGCUCUUUGGAUGAUUUUAUAUUAGACCUUAGUGGUCCCCUAAUACUGUGU